AUGAAGCCUCGAGGAAAGAAGCCUCGCAGAGGCCCCGAAGCCGAGGAUCCCCUCUGUUGCUGCGAGUACCUUAAUCGGAAGGGCGAGAGGAGCCACCUGGCGGCCUGCCUGUGCGAGUGCGACGACCUCGACGAGGGCUGUGAAAGGUGGCUGACUUGCAGAUCUUUGCCCCCGGGAAUGUUAGAGAGAAUUGCAGACACCUUCACGGACCGCUUUCGCCUCCCAUGGCUUAGGGGGGCUGUAAAGAUUGAUAUCAGCCUCCUUCCACCCAUCAUCCUGCUGCCUGUCUUCCUUCAUGUAGCAGCUUUGCACUUCCUCUUGGCUCUUGUCAUCCUGAUAUCACUUCCUGUGCUGGUGCUGUGGUAUUACUACCUCACACACAGGAAGAAGGGUCGAACACUCUUCUUCUUGAGCCUGGGGCUCUUCUCCCUAGGCUACAUGUACUAUGUGUUCCUCAAGGAAGUGGUCCCUCGGGGCCACGUGGGGCUCAGCCAGGUGAUACUUCUCACCUGUGGCUUGCUCCUCAUGCUUGUGGUCCUGUCUCGAGCCAAGAGAGACCCUGGCUACCUUCUUUGCCAAGCAAGCAGUGACAAAGCCUUGUGCCAAGGCAGCAGCAGCAACAAUAACAACAUAUUACACAAGAAUGGCCUGGGGAGCUCCAAUGGGCUGUACAGAGCAGCUGUACCUGGCAUUGCUAUGGACAGUAACCCCAAGGGCCCUUCCAGAAUGGUGGAAGAGGGGCCUGGUGGGGUCACGGAGGACUGGUGCGCCAAGUGUCAUUUGGUUAGGCCACCCCGAGCUGGGCACUGCCGGAUAUGUGGCAGGUGUGUGAAGAGACUGGAUCAUCACUGUGUCUGGAUUAACAGCUGUGUUGGGGAACAGAACCACCAAGCCUUUGUCCUUGCUCUCUCCCUUUUUCUGCUCACCUCAGUAUAUGGGAUUUCUUUGACUCUGGACACCAUCUGUAAGGGGAAAUCCACCAUCAAGGCACUGUUCUACUGUCCUGGCGUCUAUGGAGACUACAGUUCUGCCCUGUCGUUCACCUGUGUGUGGUACUGUGCCAUUGUUACUUCUGGCAUGGGUUACAUCCUUCUCAUCCAGCUCUUCAACAUCAGCUACAACGUGACUGAAAGGGAAGCUCGAAUUGCAUUGCGGGAGAAUACUGGACGAACGAUGUUAUGGGGCAUGGUGGUCGACACGGGCCGAUACAACCGAGGCCUCCUGCGCAAUUGGAUCCAGUUCUUGACGCUGCACUCACCUGCUCUCCAGCACUCCACUGAAGACAUUGUAUGAACAUUGGAAUAACUUAUAGAUUGCUCCCUAGCUCUCAUAUGCUGGAAACCGGGAACAAAAUGCAGAGUCUCUUAAGCCAUAUUGCAAAAUGGAACACCAUUUUCUCACAAACAUGCACUAUGCCAAACGAUUGGCAGGAAAGACUUGAGUAUGUGGGUGACUCCAUAUAUAUGUUCCUCACUUGAUGCCUGCGACGUGUGAUGACAUCCACUAGAGAGGGGGGCUUUCAUAUCACCUGACAUAGCUUUGCUUUUCUGUGAAGGCUAUUUAUUCAUGCAUUCAGCUAUAAGCUCCUGCUAUGAUGUACAUGUAUGUGUGAAUCAGCCAGCAGAUUGAUGUGCUGGUGUUUAGGGCUUUGUGUGAUCAAGUCUUAAUUGACAGGGCAUCAUCAAUUUGCUACAGGGUGGAAUGUUGUCUUCAAUUCCAGUGCAAUACUUUACUAUAACAGGAGGAUGCAGGAAACCUGAGCAUAAAGUUCCAGGGAGAAAGACCAUCCUGUACCCCACAAAGCCAGAGGGACUCCCCUCCCAUUGGCAGAUGUUUAGCAUCACAGCUAGCCAAACUACUAUGCUAAGCAUGCCAGCUGCAGAGAGGUAGGGGAGCUUCUAGCCACAGUAGGUCUACUCCUUCUUGCCGCCUUCUCUGGUUGAUUCUAAGGAGGAAAUCUGACGUGACCUUAGUUCUCUUCCAAUGCGGCUUUUGGAUUAGUGCCUCAUGCCAUAUAUCUAUAUGCACACACCACAAGGCUCUGUAUGUUCAGCUGUGUAUGAGGUCUUAAGGCAAAGAGACAGCUGCUAUUGGGUUGUGGGACUGAAGCUUAGAAGGGGGUUGGAAUCCAAAAUGUUUGGGAAACCUUGAUUUAAGGUAUUAGUGUGGCCUAAUCAUUAUGGACCAUAGACAAGUCAUUUGGAAUUUUUGAGCUUUAGUUUUCUAUUGCAAUUUUUGUGCUUUGUCAUUUUGUUGGGGUGCUAUUAAAAAGGCACUGUUCCACACUUCCAUCAGCAUGCAAAAAAUAAUCCCACAACAUUUGUUAACCUCAGUUUGUUCAUCUUUAGAAGAGUAGAGAUAUUUCUUUGAUUCUACUAAGUGCCUUUGGGAGGCUUCUGCUUUAGAGCUCUGAUUUUUGAGGCUGAUGGGUGGCUUCGUUUGUCCGGUUCUGUAUGCUGUAGACACAUUU